UCGUCAGAAACUUAUGUCUUAAGCUCCUAGAAUCCUAGGCUUCUAUCAUCAGAUGUUGUUCUUCUCUUGCAGGCUGCACAGGAUCUUAAUUUUCAUUAGAUUAUCAACGAGCCGAUGCUUUACAUUGGGUGCUCCGAUCUUGAUGGUAGAGAUCUUUAUUUUGGAUUUCCUAACAUCAAACUUUUAUGAUCAUGGUUAUUUUGGUGUAUCAACUUCACUUUCCAGUUUUUCCUGUUACCAGCUACUGAGCAGUACUAGGGGAUAUGGUUUGCCUGGCUGCAGGUUUCGCAUUCUUGGUUUCCAAAUAUGUAGGUAUAGCUCUCUGUAGCCAUACGUUUUAAAUUUUUUGCUGUACGGUCUUAUUUGAUUGCAUACGAUCUCUUCCAGGCUCGGUUUUCCCUUGCUCUUAGCCCUCGCCUCUUGUAUCUGUAAAAGGCUUGCUUUACGUUGAAGAUCCCACCCAAAAGCAAAAGGAUGUCCGAAAGUGACCAGCUAUCAAACUCCACUCUUCCUGCUGACAAGUCGUGCUUAAUUCUUGCAAACUGGCGUGUCGUAGCUGCCAAAGAAAGAUCAAGCUGUCGUUAUUCUUUAGGUUCUUGAUGAGGAACAUAAUAUUUCUAGCAAGGCACGGCAAACAGAAUCAGCUAGAUGAUCAGUGAUCUGUAUCGUCUUCUUUUUCCCAAUCUUCAUUUCCCAUUCCUCAAGCGAUUCUGAAGAAAUUAGCUAAUCUAAUAUUCAUCAAAAGCAGCUUCUGCAAUUACUGAAAAUUCUUUUACUUGAAAACAAACAUGAUCACGACAUCCUGACUCGAGAAAAUGAGGUUUGACGGUGCGGAAAAAUGUAGCUUUUACCUUGUCUGAAGAAACAUUUGUCAUUAGAGUUCACUAUUCAGACUCCAAAGACAAAGGUUGCGGUGCCUAUCAAACCUGCAAUUUACAGACAGAAAAUUUGAGACCAGAUUUGCUGAACCAGAUCUUGACAGGACCGACCCCAAAGGCCGAAUAUCAUGGGAUGAUACCAUCCGUCAGAUGCUGAGAUUCUUCUGAAGGUCGGACGCCUUUUGGGGCCCACUGCAAUAAUAGAAACAGCACUAGGCUUUCAACUGUUAUUCUUUGUCCGAACUCCGAACAGUAACUGCUCUUUUUUCUUCGUUACCUUUUGGUUUCUCUGCUCCAAGUCUUUUAGCUAAGAAGAAUGCAAGCCAGAAACCCCUUUUAUCCUCCUCUGCACAACCCAAAUCUUAAACCCUGCUCUUGCUACUUUUCAACGUUCUUCAACAAACCACCACCACUGUCUUCACCUCGCUUCCACAUUUCUCAUUUCCCUCCUAAAAACCAUCUUAACUGUUUCGUUACAAACUGCAUUGCUCCUAACCAAGAACUAUCCCAUUUCAACACUGAAAUUACUAAACAAAAUGCUGGCUUUGAAAAUAUUAUCUGUAGGCAUUCAACGCCCGACCAAGGAUAUGAAAAAGAAGAAGAGGAAAGAUUGGAAAGUCAGUGUUUAUGGAACCAAAUGAAGGAAAUAGUUAAGUUCUCGGGCCCCGCUACAGGGCUUUGGAUUUGUGGGCCAUUGAUGAGUCUCAUUGAUACUGCCGUCGUUGGUCAGGGAAGCUUAAUUGAGCUUGCUGCUUUAGGCCCUGGAACGGUUCUUUGUGAUUAUAUGAGUAAUGUAUUUAUGUUCCUUUCUGUUGCUACAUCAAAUGUGGUUGCCACUUCUCUUGCCAGAGAGGAUAAAAAUGAAGUGCAGCAUCAAAUAUCUGUCUUGCUUUUUCUUAGUUUGACUGGUGGCUUCUUCAUGCUGUUCUUUACAAAAUUCUUUGGUUCAUGGGCACUAACUGCUUUUACAGGGCCGAAUAAUGCACAUAUUGUACCAGCAGCAAAUACAUAUGUUCAGAUUCGUGGCUUGGCAUGGCCUGCAGUUCUUGUUGCAUGGGUUGCUCAAAGUGCAAGUCUUGGCAUGAAAGAUUCCUGGGGACCUUUGAAGGCCUUGGCAGUUGCCAGUGCUAUAAAUGGAAUUGGAGAUAUAGUAUCGUGCAGCUUAUUAGGCUAUGGCAUAGCUGGUGCUGCUUGGGCAACGAUGGUGUCGCAAGUUGUUGCUGCUUAUAUGAUGAUCAAUUCUCUAAACAAGAAAGGAUAUAAUGCAUUUGCAAUCUCCAUUCCAUCACCCAAUGACCUUCUAACAAUUUUUGGGCUUGCUGCCCCAGUGUUUGUGAUGAUGAUGGCAAAGGUAGCUUUCUAUGCUCUCCUUAUCUAUUUUGCUACAAAUAUGGGUACACACACUGUGGCUGCUCAUCAGGUCAUGAUUCAAACCUACUGCAUGUGCACUGUGUGGGGUGAGCCUCUCUCCCAAACUGCACAGUCAUUUAUGCCAGAAUUGCUAUAUGGAAUCAACAAAAGUUUACCAAAGGCUCGAAUGCUGCUAAAGUCACUUGUUAUCAUUGGAGCUAGCCUAGGACUGCUAUUGGGUAUAGUUGGAACAUCAGUUCCUUGGCUGUUUCCCAAUAUCUUCACAUCUGACCAGAAGGUCGUACAGGAGAUGCACAAAGUGCUGGCACCUUACUUUAUUGCACUUGCAGUGACACCAGCCACUCACAGCCUUGAGGGGACAUUGUUGGCAAGGCGAGAUCUUAAAUUUGUUAGCUUAUCAAUGAGUGGAUGCUUUUCUUUGGGUGCUGUCGUACUACUGCUGCUAAGCAGCGGAGGGUAUGGCUUGCCAGGUUGCUGGUAUACCCUCUUAGGAUUUCAAUGGGCUCGAUUUUUCCUCUCUCUCCAACGCCUUCUUUCAGCUCAUGGCAUACUUGACUCUGAAGAUUUGAACAAGUAUAGACAGGAGAAUCUAAAAGCUGCCUAGUUUAUCAUUGUUAUGAGAUGAAUCAGAGGUACAAUCAGCUGCCCUUUGCUGGAGAAUCAAAUUCCUCACUUCUCACCUCUAACUUUGAUUGAGCUACUGCAGAAUCAGCCUACGCAUUUUAUCGUUGGCCAAUGAGGAUUAGGUCCUCAUGAUUCUUUUAUGCCUCCGAUGAGGCUUUUAGGAUCCUUUCUCUUUUAUUUCAACAGCCAAUUGUAAUUGCGAAAUCUUAAUUCUCAUUACUGCAUGUUAUCAACCCACACGGAAUUCCAACCCAUUUAUUACGUUAAGCUGAUUUUGAUGCCUGCUACAUUUUUAAUGGAGUUAUCAACGGGCCAGGUAAACGGCCCCAAGGCUGCAGAUCAGAGCUGUGCUAGUUUUAGGAUAAUGCAUUUUAUUCCAAUUUCAUUCAAAGAUCAUUAAAAUAUGUACAUUAAUUUUUUUAAAUAAAUAAAUAUUAGUAAUUCUUGA